AUAAAAGAAAAAGAAAAAAAUUGUUAGGGUUUGACCGAAAAUUGCACAAUCGCGUGCGACCCACACAGUGGAAUCACACCGAUUCGGACAACUUAGCUUCUCUUCUCUCUGUGUUCCUUCCGAUCCAUCCUCGCUCACCCCGAAACUCUAGAGAGAGAAAAUCGGUGGCCACAUGCUUCAGCUAGAGAGAGAAAACAAUGGUGAACGACGAUGCGAGUUCACAUGGUGGGAAAACGAAAUAUUGUGUUUUGCUUGAAUUUUGGAGGGAUUUGAGGUUUUUCCUUUUGUGGGGUCGCUUUGUUUUUUCCCAAUUUUUAUUUUUUUUAUUUUUUAUUUUGGGUGGGUUUUUUUAGUGGGAGUGAUCUGAAUUGGGGGUUUCUUCGCUGGCACGGGUGCCCCAUUGAAAUUCUGAGCUAAUUUGCAUGCAAUCCGGUGGAGGAGGCGGCGGCGUGCCCGGCCGGAACCCCGGAGUGGGGUCGGCAGGGCGGGCGGCGACGUCUUCUGCGGCGGCAUCGCCUUCUUCUUCGUCUUCGGCGUCGCAAUUGGGGUUGGAGUCUUUGCAGCAACAGCAACAGCAGCAGAUAGGUUCUAGGCAGUCAUUUCAACAGCAACUACUUAGAAAACCAGAAGGGAAUGAAGCUUUUUUGGCUUAUCAAGCAGGGCUUCAAGGGGCAUUUGGUAGUAACAAUUUCCCAUCUCCUAGUGCCAUGCAACUGUCUCAGCAGUCUCGAAAAUUGCAGCUUGGUUCCAACCAGGAUACUCAGCUAAGGGGUCAAGGUAUUGAGCAGCAAAUGCUAAAUCCUGUGCAUCAAGCAUACCUUCAAUAUGCACUCCAGGGUGCACAACAAAAGCCUGGUUUAGGAAUUCAGCCACAUCAGCAAACUAAAAUGGGAAUGUUAAACCCUGCAUCUCUGAAGGAUCAGGAAAUGCGUAUGGGAAAUUUGAAAAUGCAGGAUAUUAUGUCUAUGCAGGCAUCAAAUCAAACCCAAGGAUCAUCCUCUAGAAAUUCAUCUGAGCUCAGUGCUCGUGGGGACAAGCAAAUGGAGCAAGGGCAGCAAAUAGCACCUGAGCACAAGAGUGAAGGAAAGCCUUCAACCCCAGGACAAUCCACUGGACAUUUAAUUCCUGGAAAUAUGAUUAGGCCUAUGCAAGCACCAGAAUCACAGCAGGGUAUCCAAAAUGUUGUAAACACUCAGCUUGCAGUAUCUGCUCAAUUGCAGGCUAUGCAGGCAUGGGCACGUGAGCGUAAUAUUGAUUUAUCACAUCCUGCAAAUGCACACUUAAUGGCACAGCUCAUUCCACUAAUGCAGUCAAGGAUGGCCUCGCAAUCAAAGGUCCAUGAGAGCAACGUUGGUGCCCAGUCAUCACCUGCCCCUGUCUCAAAGCAGCAGGUUACUUCUCCAGCAGUUGCAAGUGAGAGCUCAGCACAUGCUAAUUCAUCAAGUGAUGCGUCUGGGCAGUCAGGUUCUUCAAAAGCCAGGCAGACAGUUCCACCCAGCCAUCUUGGCUCAACAAUGAAUGCUGGUGUAUCUGGUAACUCCAAUGACAUGGCAACACCUCAAUUUGGUGUUCAUGUCAGAGAGUCUCAAGCUCCUCCAAGGCAACCAGUAGUGGUUGGAAAUGGAAUGCCCUCUAUGCAUUCUCAGCAGUCUUCUGCCAACAUGAACUUAGGUGCAGACCAUCCUUUGACUGCAAAAACUUCAUCAUCUGGUCCAGAAGCUCCUCAAAUGCAGCACAUUAGGCAGUUAAACCAAUCUGCUCCUCAGGCUGGAGGUCCAACAAAUGAAGGGGGUUCAGGAAAUUAUGCCAAAUCUCAAGGGCCAUCAGCCCAGAUGCCUCAGCUACGACAUGGGUUUACAAAACAACAGCUACAUGUUCUUAAAGCACAGAUACUAGCAUUUAGGCGGCUGAAGAAAGGGGAAGGUACUCUGCCUCAAGAACUUCUUCGGGCUAUUGUUCCACCGCCUCUUGAGAUGCAGGCACAACAGCUGCAUCAUCCUGCGGGAGUACAAAACCAAGACAAAUCUGCUGGAAAUAUUGUAGCAGAACAAGCCAGCCACAUUGAGUCCAAUGCCAAGGAGUCACAGUCUAUCCCUGCUAUUAAUGGACAGACUUCUUUAAAGCAGGAAUCCCUUGCUAGAGAUGAGAAAUCCGUUAUACCACCAGUUCAAGUUCAAUCUGUAAUGCCUCCUGUGUCAAAGGAAUCUGCUCCAACAUUAUCUUCUGGAAAGGAAGAGCAGAAAUCAAUUGCGUGCUCUGUUAAGUCAAACCAGGACAAUGAACAUGGAAAUAACACUACUCCUGCUAGAAAUGAGUUAGCAUUGGAUAGGGGAAAAGCUAUUGCAUCACAGGCUUCUGUAUCUGACACAAUGCAGAUUAAGAAACCUGCACAAACAAGCACUGUUUCCCAGCCAAAGGAUGUUGGAUUGACCAGAAAAUAUCAUGGACCCCUUUUUGAUUUUCCUUUCUUCACUAGGAAACAUGAUUCCUUUGGGUCAUCAAUGAUGCUAAACAACAACAAUAAUUUGUCACUGGCCUAUGAUUUCAAAGAUCUUCUUUUUGAGGAAGGUGUGGAAGUACUUAACAAGAAAAGGACAGAAAAUUUAAAGAAGAUUGAAGGUUUAUUGGCUGUAAACUUAGAGAGGAAAAGAAUUAGGCCAGAUCUUGUAUUGAGGCUGCAAAUUGAAGAGAAAAAGCUUCGCCUAGUAGAUCUUCAGGCACGUUUAAGGGAUGAGAUUGAUCAGCAGCAACAAGAGAUAAUGGCAAUGCCAGAUAGACCAUAUCGCAAGUUUGUUAGGCUGUGUGAACGUCAGCGAAUGGAACUUGCUAGACAAGUGCAGGCAUCUCAGAGAGCAGUGAGGGAAAAGCAACUCAAAUCUAUAUUUCAGUGGCGUAAGAAGCUCCUUGAAGCUCACUGGGCCAUUCGUGAUGCCCGUACUGCCCGUAACAGGGGGGUUGCCAAAUAUCAUGAGAGGAUGUUGCGGGAGUUUUCAAAACGUAAAGAUGAUGAUAGAAAUAAAAGGCUGGAAGCCUUAAAAAACAAUGAUGUAGACAGAUAUAGGGAGAUGUUGCUGGAGCAGCAGAGUAGCAUCCCAGGUGAUGCUGCAGAGAGAUAUGCUGUUCUUUCGUCUUUCUUAACCCAGACAGAAGAGUAUCUACAUAAAUUAGGCAGUAAGAUUACGACUACGAAAAAUCAACAGGAAGUGGAGGAAGCAGCUAAAGCUGCUGCAGCUGCUGCACGAUUGCAGGGUCUUUCUGAAGAAGAAGUCAGAGCAGCUGCUGCAUGUGCUGGAGAGGAAGUGAUGAUUAGAAAUCGUUUUCUGGAGAUGAAUGCUCCUAGAGAUAGUUCAUCUGUCAACAAGUAUUACAGCCUUGCCCAUGCUGUGAAUGAAACGGUCAUAAGGCAACCAUCCAUGUUACGAGCUGGAACAUUGAGAGACUAUCAGCUUGUUGGUUUGCAGUGGAUGCUUUCUUUGUAUAACAACAAAUUAAAUGGAAUUUUGGCAGAUGAGAUGGGUCUUGGCAAAACUGUGCAGGUUAUGGCGCUGAUUGCAUACUUGAUGGAAUUUAAAGGAAACUAUGGUCCACAUCUUAUAAUUGUCCCAAAUGCUGUUUUGGUUAACUGGAAGAGUGAGUUUUAUAAUUGGUUGCCAUCUGUUUCAUGCAUAUUUUAUGUUGGAGGGAAGGAUCAUCGAUCAAAAUUAUUUUCCCAAGAAGUUUCUGCUAUGAAAUUUAAUGUCCUUGUGACUACUUAUGAGUUCAUCAUGUAUGACCGGUCAAAACUCUCAAAAAUCGACUGGAAGUAUAUCAUAAUUGAUGAAGCACAGAGAAUGAAGGACAGAGAUUCUGUUUUAGCACGCGAUCUUGAUAGAUAUCGUUGUCAAAGACGUCUGCUUUUGACAGGAACACCAUUACAGAAUGAUUUGAAGGAACUCUGGUCUCUCUUAAAUUUACUUCUUCCUGAAGUUUUUGACAAUAGGAAAGCCUUCAAUGAUUGGUUCUCAAAACCAUUUCAAAAGGAAGGUCCUCAAAAUGUAGAGGAUGAUUGGCUUGAGACAGAGAAGAAAGUUAUUAUUAUCCAUAGACUUCAUCAAAUUCUUGAGCCUUUCAUGCUCAGGCGUCGUGUGGAAGAUGUUGAAGGCUCGCUUCCACCAAAGGUGUCCAUAGUUUUAAAAUGUAAAAUGUCAGCUGUCCAGAGUGCUAUUUAUGACUGGGUGAAAUCAACUGGUACCCUUCGUCUUGAUCCUGAGGAUGAGAAACGUAAGGUUCAUAAGAAUCCAGCCUACCAGGUGAAGCAAUAUAAAACAUUAAACAACAGAUGCAUGGAGCUUCGUAAGACUUGCAAUCAUCCAUUGCUUAAUUACCCAUUCUUUAGUGACCUAUCUAAAGAUUUCAUUGUAAGAUCUUGUGGAAAAUUGUGGAUACUGGAUAGGAUCCUCAUAAAACUUCAAAGAACUGGACAUCGAGUUCUACUUUUCAGUACCAUGACAAAACUUCUAGACAUCUUGGAAGAAUACCUACAGUGGCGAAGACUUGUGUACAGAAGAAUUGAUGGGACAACUAGUUUGGAAGACCGUGAAUCAGCUAUAGUGGACUUCAAUAGCCCUGAUUCAGAUUGUUUCAUCUUCCUGCUUAGUAUUCGAGCUGCCGGGCGAGGCCUUAACCUUCAGUCUGCUGAUACAGUUGUUAUUUAUGAUCCUGAUCCUAACCCUAAAAAUGAGGAGCAGGCUGUGGCCAGAGCUCAUCGCAUUGGUCAGACAAGAGAAGUCAAAGUUAUCUACAUGGAAGCUGUUGUUGAUAAAAUCUCUAGUCAUCAGAAGGAGGAUGAACUGAGGAGCGGAGGAACUGUUGACAUGGAGGAUGAACUUGCAGGUAAAGAUCGCUACAUAGGAUCCAUUGAAAGCCUCAUAAGGAACAAUAUUCAGCAAUAUAAGAUAGAUAUGGCUGAUGAGGUUAUUAAUGCUGGACGCUUUGAUCAAAGAACAACGCAUGAAGAGAGGCGUUUGACUUUGGAGACUUUAUUACAUGACGAAGAAAGGUAUCAAGAAACUGUCCAUGAUGUUCCCUCACUGCAGGAGGUAAAUCGCAUGAUUGCUAGGAGUAAAGAGGAAGUUGAAUUGUUUGAUCAAAUGGAUGAUGAACUGGAUUGGAUUGAGGAGAUGACACGUUAUGAUCGUGUGCCCAAGUGGCUUCGAGCCAACACAAGAGAAGUAAAUGCUGCUAUUGCUGCUUUAUCAAAAAGACCUUCAAAGAACACUUUAUUGGGUAAUGGUAUUGGCACGGAAACAAGUGAAAUUGGUUCUGAAAGAAAAAGGGGACGACCGAAGGGAAAAAAGCAUCCCAGUUAUAAAGAAUUGGAUGAUGAAAUUUUGGAAUACUCUGAAGCAAGUUCCGAAGAAAGAAAUGGAUAUGCACAUGAAGAAGGGGAAUUAGGAGAAUUUGAAGAUGAUGGCUAUAGUGGGGCUGAUGGUGUGCAGACCAUUGAUAAAGAUCAAUUGGAAGAUGGUCUGCUUUGUGAUGCUGGAUAUGAAUUUCCUCAAUCUUUGGAAGGUGCUAGAAAUAAUCAAAUGGUUGAAGAAGCUGGUUCCUCAGGAUCAUCCUUGGACAGUCAAAGAUUGACACAGAUAGUAUCACCAUCAGUUUCCUCUCAGAAAUUUGGUUCCCUUUCAGCAUUAGAUGCUCGACCAGGUUCCAUUUCAAAACGGAUGACAGAUGAGUUAGAGGAAGGAGAAAUUGCAGUAUCCGGUGAUUCUCACAUGGACCGUCAACAAUCUGGAAGUUGGAUUCAUGAGCGUGAUGAAGGUGAGGAUGAACAAGUUUUGCAGCAACCAAAGAUUAAACGUAAACGCAGUCUUCGUGUUCGACCCCGUCAUGCCACUGAAAGGCCUGAAGAAAAGUCUGGCAGUGAUAUGGCAUCUCAUGUGGCAAUCCAAGCAGACCAUAAAUAUCAAGUGCAACUGAGGACUGACCUAGAAUCAAAAUCAUUUGGAGACUCAAAUGCCAGCAGGCAUGAUCAAAACACAUCAUCAUUAAAAAAUAAGCGAACUUUACCUUCAAGGAAAGUAGCUAAUACAUCCAAAUUACAUGGUUCACCAAAGUCUAGUCGUUUGAAUUGCAUGUCUGUACCUUCUGAAGAUGGCGGUGAACAUUCCAGAGAAAAUUGGGAAGGCAAACCUAUCAAUUCAAAUGCAUCUUCAGCUCAUGGCACAAAAAUGACUGAAAUCAUUCAGAGAAGGUGCAAAAAUGUAAUUAGCAAGCUCCAAAGGAGAAUAGACAAAGAAGGCCAUCAAAUUGUACCUUUGUUAACUGAUUUGUGGAAGAGAAUUGAGAAUUCUGGAUAUAGUAGUGGAUCUGGGAAUAGCCUGUUAGAUUUGCGAAAGAUUGAGCUGCGGAUUGAUAAACUUGAUUAUAAUGGCGUAAUGGAGCUUGUAUCUGAUGUGCAGUUCAUGUUGAAGAGUGCUAUGCAUUUUUAUAGUUUUUCACAUGAGGUAAGAACUGAAGCAAGGAAGGUUCAUGAUCUCUUUUUUGACAUCUUGAAAAUUGCAUUUCCUGAUACCGACUUCCGAGAAGCAAGAAGUGCACUUUCUUUCUCCAGUCAAGCAGCUGCCAGUAUGGUAACAUCCCCAAGGCAAGGGGCUGUGGGCCAAAGCAAGAGGCACAGGCUGAUAAAUGAGGUGGAGACUGACUCAUACCCUUCACAGAGGUCACUGCAACGCGGAUCCGCUCCUGGCGGCGAAAGCAACAGGAUUAGAGUCCAUGGGCCACAACAGAAGGAAUCAAGAACUGGAAGUGGUGGUGGCAGCUCAAGGGAGCAAGUGCAGCAAGAUGAUUCUCCACUUCUCACUCAUCCAGGUGAACUGGUUGUAUGCAAGAAGAGAAGAAAUGACAGAGAGAAAUUAUUGGUGAAGCCUAGGACUGGUCCUGUUUCACCAUCUGGCAUGAGAAGUCCAGGUUCAUGUUCACUCCCUAAGGAUGCUAGAUUAACUCAACAAGCUUCCCAUGCACAAGGGUGGGUUGGCCAGCCAUCUCAGCAACCAAAUAGUUCUGGUGGAUCAGUUGGUUGGGCAAACCCUGUAAAGAGGCUAAGAACAGAUUCUGGGAAGAGAAGACCAAGCCAUACAUAAAUUUUCUCAAGGACACUUGGAGGAUGGUAUAUAAUGGACAUAUGUUACUACUAGUUUCAGGAUGAGUUUUAGUGGUCCCUUCAUAGAGUUUACCCCCAUAUUUUUUAUAUAGAAUUAGGCCUUAAAAGUGUAUUUUAUGGCUACCUAAAUGGUUUAAAUGCAAAUUCUCCAUAUUUUUUUUUGGGAUAUCUGCUGCUUGCAGGAGUUGUUCUUUAGAUAGCUGAAGAUAUUGUAUAGUAACUCUCUUUGGUUCAUGUUAGUCCAUCAAAAUUCCAUCUCUUCUAUAGGUCCUGUUUCCCCAACAUUGUGGCAGCACUCCCUCCCUAAAUGUUGCAUAAAAGAGCUAUGAACGUUUGUUUUGCG